AUGGAUGACCUCCCGGACUUCCUUAUCGUCGGUGCCGGAAUUUUCGGCGUCAGCACUGCCUAUCACCUUGCUCAACGCCUUGACCGACCGCCGCUGCAUAUUGUCUUGUUGGAUCGUGCCCCUCCCCCGUCCACCCCCGCAGCCUCCACCGACAUCAACAAGAUCAUCCGGGCGGACUACACCAACCCACUAUACGUCGCGCUCGGUUUUGAGGCCAUCGACGCCUGGAAAUCGCUGCCGUUCUUUCGCGAUUCUGGGGUAUACCACCCGUCUGGAUGGAUCUCCAUGGAUGAAAAGGACAGCGAUGUCCCUGCCUUGAUCAGGAAGAACUUCCGUGACUGUGGUCGCGGCGACGUCCUGAUCGAUAUGACUGAGGACGAGGUCCGUCGGGCCUGGGGAGGUCUCCUCGAGCGGACUGACUGCUCUCCGUUCGGAUCGUACUACUAUAACUCUUCCGCCGGGUGGGCGGACGCAGGGAAGGCCUUGCAGCUGAUGGCCAAAGAGGCCAUCCGCCUAGGAGUCCGGUAUGAAGUCGGAGAGGCGCGUCGGAUCGUGUGCGAUGAACAGGGGGCUCAGGGUGUCAAGACAGCCGAUGGAACCAUCUACCGCGCAAGGAAGAUCAUAUUGGCGACCGGGGCAUGGACGAGUCAACUCAUGUCAUCUGUGGAAGAUGAGUGGGAUCUACCCGAGGCAGACCGGGUGGAGCGUCAGAUGUCGGCCGCCGGGGUGACUGUCUCUCACUUUCAGCUCUCGCCAGAGGAGAAAACCCGUUAUUCACAGCUGCCAGUGCUGGUCUACGGGGGACAAGGGGAGGUGAUUCCUCCCACGGCCGAAGGGAUCCUCAAAUUCACAAAUGCCACCUCGUUCACCAACACCAUCCGCACUGUCUCAGGUCAUGAAAUCUCCGUCCCGCUGCCGGAUCAAGCCCAUGUCCCCCAAGAGGUGCAGGACGACCAUCUCCGAGCCAUCCGACCGCGUCUGCCGGAGAUUUUGGACAAUCAUCACCAGCCGGACUACUGGCGCCUGUGCUGGGAUGCCAUCUCGCCCAGUCAACAUCCGCUCAUCACGCGCCAUCCCGACAGCCGGCUGUCCCACCUAUACUUCGCAGUAGGGGGAUCCUUCCACUGCUACAAGUUCCUCCCGACGAUCGGCAAGUACGUGGUCAACGUGUUGCACGGGGUUUCGAACGGCCCGGAGAAAGACGAGGCAUGGGCGUGGAAGACCGAUCGGACUGGCGAACCGGGGGUGCAUGAGCGAUUGGUGCCCGGCCGCGAGUUUCGCGACUUUGCAGGAUAG